AUGGGACUUUUUACUACCAAUGGAAUGUUCAUCCUGGAUGAAAUCUACACAUCCGACGAGAGUUUUCACGACGUGGUUGGUGGAGGUGGAAUGUUCGCGAUUUUGGGGGCCUCAAUCGUAGCUUCCGCUUACGAGCUCUCACGACAGCUGCGCUGGAUAGUGGACAGAGGCUCGGACUUUCCCUCCAGCGCAGCAGACAUUCUCGAGAGCUGGAAGACAGGAGUUGUAUUCCGGGACGACUCUUCUAGGCUCACUACCCGCGCUUGGAACCUCUAUGGUGAGAACGAUCUACGACAAUUCAAGUACUUGACAGAGAAGAAACGAAUUGAUGUCGGCGAUUGGAUUGCUGAGUUUGGUGCUGAAGAGGUCGCCUCAAUUCGUGUUUUUCACUUGCUCUGCAUCGACGAUAGGGCAACUUCUAUUCUGAACCGCCUGAAGCAGUAUGAAAGCUCUUGUGAUCGUGUUUUCGUGUGGGAACCGAUCCCAGAUAUGUGCAACAGCGCGCGCAAGGACGAGAUCCGCGCGGUGAUGAACCGAGAGGAGACAAUUGUGAUUUCUCCCAAUGCUGAAGAAGGCGCCCGCCUUUUCGACAUGCCUGAACCUAAAAACUUGCUUCAAUGUACCAAUCUGCUGCGCAGGUUUGACGACUUCAUGGACGACAAGAACAUGUGCGUUUUGCGGUGCGGAAAGCUAGGAUCCCUUGCACUUGGCGCGCGCGACCGCUGCACUGGCACACGGCAGGUCAUUCACCUGCCUGCGUAUCACUCGCGGUCCGCAUCACAGGUCCUGGACCCCACCGGUGGCGGAAACACAUUUUUGGGUGGGUUUUCACUGGGAUAUGCGCUCUCUAGAGGCGACUUAACGGUUGGCAGCAUCUGCGGCAACAUUGCGGCAGCAUGCGCAAUUGAGCAGUUGGGUGUUCCCAAGCGCGAGGGCGACAAGUGGAACGGAAAAACGUUCUUAGAGCGCUUGGAUCAUUACAUGAAGGACAUACAUCUAGAUUGCACUACAGAUGAUGUACGUUGGGCGCUGGAAGUUGGGAUUUGA